AUGAAUCCUCUCUGCUGCAUUGCUCCGGUAUCUAUCGAUCGGGAUCGGGCCAACCCGGUAGUGGCCAAAUCAGUGAGUCAGUCUCAAUUAGGAAUUGAUUCUUCACUUAGAAGCCUAAAUCACAGUUCGAAACCGAGUUUUUCAGCUCAGGUGUCUUGCGAUGUCGACAAAUUUCUAUCGAUCGGAAGUCAAGAAAUCGAAGAAUCGAAGGUGUAUAGUGUGAAUGGGGGCGGCGCUAGUAUAGCGGGGAUUCUUUACAAAUGGGUGAAUUAUGGGAAGGGAUGGAGGUCUAGGUGGUUUAUGCUUGAAGAUGGAGUGCUGUCGUAUUAUAAGAUUCAUGGACCUGAUAAGAUAUUGAUGAGUCCUGCAGGUAGAGACCAAGGAGUUAGGGUUAUCGGAGAAGAUUCUUUGAGGUACAUGAGAAAAGUCAAUUGGAGUUGUAGCAGUGGUGGUGGUGGUGGUAGCAAUCGGCUCAGACAGUGCAGGCCAUUCGGCGAAAUUCACUUGAAGGUUUCUUCAGUUCGUGCUAGCAAAUCAGAUGAUAAGAGGCUCACCAUAUUCACUGGAACAAAAACUCUUCAUUUACGUUGCAUAUCGAGAGAAGAUAGAGCUGCAUGGCUUGAGGCCCUGCAGGCUGCUAAAGAUCUUUUCCCUAGAGUGUUGACAAGCAGUGAUUUUCUGCCUUCUGAAGAUGUUGUCAUUUCAACCGAGAAGUUAAGAUCACGGCUAGUGCAGGAAGGUGCUGGUGAGACAGUCAUCAAAGACUGUGAGUCCAUUAUGUUAUCAGAACUCUCUGGGAUGCAAAACCAGUUGAAGGCUCUUCAACAUAAACACAUCAUGUUGUUGGACACUUUGAGGCAAUUAGAGUCAGAGAAAAUAGAGCUGGAAACUACUGUAGUAGAUGAAACAAAGGAACGUGAUUCAUAUUGUGGACAAGCAAAUAGAAGAUUUAGUGAUUUCUAUUCUGUAAUGUCAGAGGCUAGUGCUAGUGAUUCUGAUGCUGACAAUGAAAGCCAAGAUGGAGGAGAUGUUGAAUCAGAUGAAGAUGACAGUUUAUUCUUUGAUACAAAUGAUUUUUUGUCUGCAGAUGCUUUAAGAAGUGCUUCCUAUCGGAGUAGGGAAGCUACAGGAAAUGCUGGUAUCUAUGAUAAGGACCCCUUUUGUUCUGAUCGUUUGCAUGUGCUUGAGAAGGACAUCAGGACAGUUCAAUACCCAUAUGUUAAAAGAAGAGAUAAUUUGCCAGAACCAAAGGAGAAAGAGAAGCCUGUUGGACUGUGGUCAAUUAUCAAGGACAAUAUCGGGAAGGACUUGUCUGGAGUUUGCCUUCCUGUUUAUUUUAAUGAACCACUCUCUUCGCUGCAGAAGUGCUUUGAGGAUUUGGAGUACUCAUACUUGGUUGAUCGGGCAUUGGAAUGGGGAAAGCAGCGGAACGAUUUGAUGAGAAUUCUAAACAUCGCAGCUUUUGCUGUAUCUGGUUAUGCUUCAACAGAAGGUCGACAGUGCAAACCCUUCAACCCUCUCCUUGGGGAGACCUACGAGGCUGACUAUCCGGAUAAAGGACUUCGUUUUUUCUCAGAAAAAGUAAGUCACCACCCUAUGGUAGUUGCUUGUCACUGUGAGGGAAGAGGCUGGAAGUUCUGGGCUGACUCCAAUCUCAAAGGGAAGUUUUGGGGGCGGUCUAUUCAGCUUGAUCCUGUUGGGGUUCUCACCCUGCAGUUUGAGGAUGGAGAGACCUUUCAGUGGAGCAAGGUCACCACUUCCAUAUACAACAUCAUACUUGGUAAGAUUUAUUGUGACCACUAUGGAACCAUGCGUAUCAAGGGCAGUGGCAACUACUCUUGCAAGCUCAAGUUCAAGGAGCAGUCGAUCAUAGAUCGAAAUCCCCAUCAGGUCCAUGGAUUUGUACAAGAUAAUAGAACAGGAGAGAAGGUAGCGAUGCUGGUUGGGAAGUGGGAUGAAGCAAUGUAUUAUGUGCUUGGGGAUCCAACUACAAAGCCAAAGGGUUAUGAUCCAAUGACGGAGGCUGUCUUGCUCUGGGAAAGGGACAAAUCUGUUACCAAGACAAGAUACAAUCUCACCCCUUUUGCAAUAUCUUUGAAUGAACUGACUCCUGGCUUGUUGGAGAAAUUGCCUCCUACUGACUCAAGAUUGAGACCAGAUCAGAGACACCUAGAAAACGGGGAAUAUGAGUUGGGUAAUUCAGAGAAGUUGAGACUUGAGCAGCUACAAAGACAGUUCGUCUGCUGUGCUAAGUGGUUUGAUGAUAUCGGGGUUGCAUUAGGACUCUCUCAUUUUAUGGCCUUGUAUGUGGUCCUUUGGGGGGCAAGGAAAUUGCAGGAAAGAGGGUGGCAACCGAGAUGGUUUCGGAAGGAUGAGGAUGGUUGUUAUUGUUAUAUGGGCGGGUACUGGGAAGCAAGAGAAAGAAAGAACUGGGAUGGAAUUCCUGAUAUAUUUGGUCAGAGUACUGAUUCUUCUUCACGUUUAACAGAAGAGUAA